UUAAUAUUUUGUUGUUUCUCAUAACCCCAGAACAAUUUAUCUUCAAUUCUAUAUUUGUCCCUCAACUUUAUGCAGUGUUUAGAAUUUAUGCAUAAUUUUGUAAAUGCUUAAUUUUGAUAUAUUGAAGCAAUGUUGAACAUGUAUGCCUAACUUUGAUAUAUUGAAAAUGAUUACGCAAAGCAAAAUAUGGAGAAGUUGAUAAAUGAAGGGCUAAAAGAAUUCCGUUAUAUAUGUUGUUUCACAUGCAUUGCUAAGGAACUUGAAGAAGAAAAGGUCUGGCUGGAAGCAGAAAGGACAGCUGUUGGGCAGCGUGUUAAAGUUGCAAAAAGAAGAGGAGAAGAUGUUGAAGCUAAUGCUCUUUUUUGGGAAGAAGAAGCUGAUAAGCUCAUUCAAGAAGACACCAAAACAAAUCAGAAAUGUUUUAUUGGAUUAUUUCCUAAUUGCAUAUGGCGAUACAGAAGGGGAAAGGAACUGGCAAAUAAAAAAGACCAAAUAAAAAAAUUAAUGGAAAUUGGAAAGGAACUUACAAUCGGACUCCCUGCUCCUCUUCCAGAUGUUGAGCGUUAUUCAUCCCGACACUAUAUUUCUUUUAAAAGUAGAGAAUGCAAAUAUAAAGAGCUUUUGGAUGCAUUGGAAGAUGACAACAAUUAUAUAAUUGGGUUGCAAGGGAUGGGGGGCACAGGAAAAACUACAUUGGCCAAAGAAGUUGGUAAGAAACUUAAGCAAUCCACACAAUUUACGUCCAUUAUUGAUACAACAGUUUCAUUUUCUCCUGAUAUUAAAAAGAUUCAAGAUGAUAUUGCUGGACCAUUGGGAUUGAAAUUUGAUGACUGUAGUGAAUCAGACCGACCCAAAAAACUAUGGAAAAGAUUAACCAAUGGUGAAAAGAUUCUUCUAAUAUUGGACGAUGUUUGGGGUGAUAUUGAUUUUGAAGAAAUAGGGAUUCCAUAUAUUGACAAUCACAAAGGUUGUAGAAUUCUUGUAACCACGCGCAAUGUGUUGGUAUGCAACAAAUUAGGAUGCAGUAAGACAAUCAAAUUGGAGCUCUUGUCUGAAGAUGAAGCAUGGGAAAUGUUCAAAUGGUAUGCUGGUUUAACUGAAAUUUCAACUAAAAGUUUGCUCGACAAGGGACAUAAAAUUGCGAAUGAGUGCAAAAGAUUACCAAUUGCAAUUGCUGUAAUCGCUAGUAGUUUGAGGGGCGAACAACGUCAGGAUGAGUGGAAUGCUGCCUUAAAAUCCUUGCAAAAACAUAUGUCCAUGCAUGGUGUUGAUGAUGAACUUGCUAAAAUUUAUAAAUGCUUGAAGUUUAGCUACGAUAAUAUGAAGAAUGAAAAGGCAAAGAGUUUAUUCCUCUUGUGUUCUGUAUUUCGAGAAGAUGAAGAUAUUUUUAUUCAUAGGUUAGUCAGACUUGCCAUCGGAGGAGGUAUUUUGGGGGAAGACUAUGGCAGCUACGAAGAUGCUCGAAGUCAAGUAGUUAUAGCCAAAAAUAAACUCUUCGAUUCUUGUUUAUUGUUGGGAGCCGGUAAAUAUAGGGUAAAAAUGCAUGACUUGGUUCGCGAUGCAGCCCAAUGGAUAGCGAACAAAGAGAUUCAAACAAUAAACUUGUAUGAUAAAAAUCAAAAGGCAAUGCUAGAACGGGAGAAGAAUUUUAAAUAUUUGUUAUGGGAAGGAAAGGUGAAGGACGUGCUUUCAUGCAAGCUUGAUAGUUCAAAGCUCGAGAUUCUAAUUGUCAUCAUGUAUAAGGACGGUGAUUACCACGACGAGAAAACCGAAGUCCCAAAUUCAUUUUUCGAAAAUAUCAGUGGCCUUAGAGUUUUUCAUUUAUUUAGUGAUUUUUAUGGAGCACCUCUGUCAUUACCUCAAUCAAUUCAGUCGUUGAAGAAUAUUCGAUCUCUUCUUUUUAACCGUCUUGAUUUGGGUGAUAUAUCUAUUUUGGGUAAUCUACAAAGUCUUGAGACACUUGAUUUGGAUGUGUGUAAAAUUAUUGAAUUGCCGGACGUACUUGCAAAGCUACAUAAUCUUAGAUUGUUGUACUUGAGAUCUUGUGAAAUUAGACGGAAUAAUCCAUUUAAAGUGAUUGAAGGAUGCUCCUCACUUGAAGAGUUGUAUUUCAUAGACAGUUUUAAUGAUUGUUGCCGAGAAAUAUCCUUCCCAAUGUUACAAAGAUUUAUAGUGGAUGAUAAUCAGAGAUUUGUGGAUGAUUCACCAUCAAAAUGUGUGUCUCUUUUACAUCAAGAAAAUGAACAUUUACUCUCUGAAAAAAAACUCAAGGAUUGUAUUCAAGCAGCAGAGGUUCUUAUACUAAGAACAAUCUGGCGGGGAUGGAUAAAUAUCAUACCUGAGAUUGUUCCUAUGGAUCAUGGUAUGAAUGAUCUAGUCGAGCUCAGAUUGAGUUGCAUUUCACAACUUAAGCGCCUCAUCGACACUAAGCAUGAUAAUUCUCAAGAAACAACUGUCUUCUCCAAAUUAGUUGUACUAGAAUUGAAAGAAAUGGCAAGUUUGGAAGAAUUGUGCAACGCUCCUCUUUCUUUUGAUUCUUUGAAGAAUUUAGAGCAGCUGAUCAUCCAGGAAUGCAAACAAUUGCAAAGCUUAUUUAUGUGCAACCUAAACCUUUGCAAUUUAAAGAGAUUGUUAUUGAUAGGAUGUCCGACGUUGAUCUCCCUAUUUCAACUGACUACUUCUCGUAGCCUAACGUCGUUGGAGGAAUUGACAAUAAUUCGAUGCAGGAAUCUUGAAUACAUAAUAACAGAUGAAAGAAAAGAGAAGGAACCCAGAGGAGAAAUAGUUGUUGACGAUGAUAAUGAUAGCAAGAGGAGUCACGGGUCAAUGUUUCCAAAACUUAAAGAUCUUCGUAUUGAACAGUGCCAUGGAUUAAAAUUUAUAUUUCCGUUUCUCUCAAUUCAAGAUCUUCCGGCACUAGAAUCUUUCUCAAUAUUUGGUUGUGAGAAGCUGCAAUACAUAUUUGGCCAAUAUGUACAACUUGGUUCUCUAAAACAAAUGGAUCUUGGGGAUUUGCGAAAUUUAAUAAAUAUUUUUCCAAAAUGUCAUCUUACCACAUCUUCCGAACCUAAGAAAGACAGGGUCUUUUUAUGGACUGAUAUAUGUUGCUUCGGUAAAAAAUACAGACACAAGUCAAUGAGUUUUACAAGUACUGAAAUCCCAGUGGUUUUUGAAGAUAAACAUCAUGAUUGCUUAACAGAAUGGGAAUCAAAAUCAUAUUCCCUCGGCAUAUGGGAACGUGUUCAAUAUUUUUUGACACAAUCACUCUUCAUGUGGAAUAUUAAAGAUAUUGUAUUGGUUGAUAUUCCAAAGAUAGAAUCAUUAUUUAUCCUAUCUAUUGCUCCAAGAAUAUUGUUAGAAACUUUGACAAUUAGGGACUGCAAAGAAUUGAAGCACAUAAUAAUAGACACCGGAGAUCAUGAAAAUGGUGGCAAUAACUUGCACAGUGUCUUCCCAAAAUUAAAAAAUGUCCAGAUUGAAACUUGCAUGAAAUUAGAAUAUAUAUUUGGACACUACUCUGAUGCUCGUCAAAACCAUAAUGAGAUUCACCUUCAGCUUCAAGCACUGGAGCGUCUCUAUCUUAAACAUCUGCCAAGUUUAGUUGCCACAUGUCCACAGCAUUAUCGCACAAUAUUUCCACUUUUGGAAGAUCUUUUCGUCGAAAACUGCCUGCAGUUUGCUAUCAAAUCCAUUGGUGAUCUCACAAUCAAGAAGGAAUUGAGUGGGAACAUGGAUCAUUUUCUCGCUUUGAAAAGUCUCAAGCUAUAUUAUUGGAAAGUAGAACAUAUAUAUUUUCUCAACAAAGAAGUACAUGAACAACAAAUGAACUUAGGUUUGCAAUACAUUCUGUUGCAUGAGCUGCCUACGACGACAUGUCUUUUGGUUGGUCCCAAAAAUUCAUUUUCCCUCAAUCACCUUACAGUGAUAAAAAUCAGGCGAUGUGAAAAAUUGGAAAUUGUGUUUUCCACAUCUAUAUUAAGAUGCCUACCACAAUUGGUUGCUCUAAGAAUAGUAGAAUGCAAAGAGUUGAAGCAUAUUAUUGAAGAUGAUUUGGAGAAUGACAAAUCCAUAAAUUUUGAGUCUACAAACACAUACUUUCCAAAGCUAGAAAUACUUAUUGUAGGAAACUGCAACAAACUCAAAUGUGUCUUUCCGACUUCCGUAUGUAAAGAGCUUCCAAAGCUAAAAGUUCUGAUAAUAAGAGAAGCAUAUGAGCUGCAACAAAUAUUCAAAACCGAAGGUGAUGAUCAGAAACUCGAGAUUCCAAAUUUGGAAGUUGUAUCAUUUAUCAAUCUUCCAAACCUCUCUGAUGCUCAAAAAGUGCACUUUGAGGCCAUAAAUUAUCGUCUUGUACAAAACUGUCAUAAUUUCUCUCUGACUUCAGCAUCAAAAUCCGACACCACUGAUAACAUUAUUGAUUCUUUUUACAACAUAGAUUCUGAAUUCUAUACGGAACUCGUGGUUCUAUUGCAAUUGCAACAAAUAAAAGAAGUGUACAAAAGCCACUACACCUGUAAUGAAAGUCCUACUUCAGAAAUCACUAGAGAAUUUGCAGAUGGGGUUGGGGUUGAAGCGGAAGCAGCAUUAGGACACAUAUUGACUUCUUCACAGUUACAGAUGUUAUUGAAUGAACAAUCAAUGGAUCAACAACUAUUGACGAACAAACAACAUUCACUUGGAGAAACUGAAACGACCAAUAAACCUCAGUUGGAAGGUUCUGUCACGCCGCCAGAAAAAACUUUAGCAGCAAAUUCUUCUACCAUUUCAGAAACAAAGAAGGAGCAACCUAUACAAUUACUUGGUCCUAAACAAAUGGAAGAUGUUGAUUGCCAAGUAGCCACAACCUCUUUGUCCAUUGUCACUACGGAAAACAAUGAUGAAGGUGAAGAGUCUUUGAAUAUAUUUUUAGAGACCAAUGAUGAAGGUGAAGACCCUUUGAUUAAACUUUCAGAGACCAAUGAUGAAGUUUCAGAAGACUCUUCUCAAAUAGAUGAAAAUUUAAGUGAGCUGGAGCAACUAGCUUCGAAGAAGCAUUUGAAUGAUGAGAACUUGUGUUUGUUGAAUGAUUUCCUUGCGAAGCACCCUUGUGUUCGUUUAAGAGAUACUUCACUUAGUAAUAGAUACAAGGGCUAUGCCUACAACUUACUUGCUGAGCUUUUGAAAUUCCUCCAAACGCAUAGUCUGGUCGAUGUAUUGGGCUCACGCCGCUCUGAACUUUUCGAGUUAUUACAAGAUGUGCGCAGCUUUGCUUUUGAUAAGGAUUGGUUGGAUGGUGUGGAAAGGCGUAUAAUUCAACAAGACGGGGAUUUAAAUGCCCCUAUUGGCUAUUAGACUCAUAUUCCUCCCAUGCUAAUUUGAUAUGCUUUUUAGUGUGGGAGUUGUCUUUGGGUGUAGGUUUCGUCAUUUCUCAUAUGAAAUGAGCUUAUGAAAGAUAACUAUACUUUUUA